CAAUAAUUUUGGUUGGUAACGCUGACAGCUGGACGUGACGUCACGCUGCUGUUAAGUUCUUUUCUGUCCCACGUUUCAUGGGCUUCAAGUUUACUGAUUUGAAGAAGCAGUAAAAUUUUAUCAAAAUGAAGAUUGGCCUGUGCGCAUUCAGUGGAUUCAAAAUUUACCCCGCGAGUGGUAAAACAUUGGUUAAAGCCGAUGGCAAAACAUUUACCUUCAUCAACAAAAAAUGCGAGCGUUCCUUCUUGAUGAAGCGUAACCCGCGUAAGGUUAAAUGGACGGUAUUAUACCGAAGGAAGCACAAGAAAGGUAUCGUUGAGGAAGCCACCAAGAAGCGUACUCGCCGGACGCAAAAAUUCCAGCGCGCUAUUGUUGGAGCUUCUAUCACUGAUAUCAUGGCUAAGCGUAACAUGAAGCCAGAGGUGCGCAAAGCUCAGCGAGAUCAGGCUAUCAAGGUUGCAAAGGAAGCUAAGAAAGCCAAACAGGCUGAGAAGAAAAUUAAAGCUCAACCGACUACCAAGCAGCCAAAACAAAAAGCCGCGAAAGUGUCCCAGAAGGCUGCUCCACGCGUAGGAGGAAAGCGAUAAAUUUCGAAAACUCCGUCUGUUUGUAAGGAUUAUUCUAAUAUUGGAUAAAAUAAAGGAAAUAAGGAGUGCUAA